AUGGAAAAAAAAGGGUAUGAUCUAUCAAAUGAAGCUAAAAUCGAAUUUUUUAUUUCAUUCGGGCUAAAGCAAACUCAACAAUAUGAUCAAACAAUACAUGGCAGUUUCAUGAAAUAUGUUAAAGAAACCUAUGUUACAAAAUUGGGUGGCGACAUAUCAUUAAAUACUUUUGAUCAAUGGGCAGAAACAGUAGCAUCAAACCCAGUUGUUAUUAAACUUGGUAUCAAAUCAAUGUUGGAUUUAUUGAGUGAAACUCGAUUUUUAAAUGAUGAAAAUAUAGUAGAAAAACGGAAAUUAAUUGCAAAAGCUCUGGACAGUUAUCUUAAACAACCUACUUUCUGUUAUAGUAACUGCUCCACUCAUGGCGAUUGUCAACCAUCUGAAUAUUUUCAGUUUGGAAUGUGCAACUGUCAUGUGAAUUGGACAGGUAUUGAUUGUUCGGUAUUUAAACCAGUCAACUCAGAUUCUUUAAGUGGUACACUCUGUGGUGUGGGUGUUCUCUAUGCAGGUAAACGUCUUCUAUGCGCUGGACUGGAUCCUAUGGAGACAUGUCCUGGAAGCUGGCAUAAGUUUUUGAAUAUGUGUGCGAAGAGUAGCAUCGACAAUCGUACCAAUCCAGUUGGAACAUGGUGCGGAUAUGUCCUAGGUAGCCUGGUAGUAUUAUGUGAUGGAAAGAAUCCGACAGUAGAUGGUUGCCCUCCUGGUUACCAAUAUUUUGAAGAUAUACAAGCUUUUUGUGCUAAAUCAGAUCCAAAUGCUGCUGAUCUGCCUGGAACUAUCUGUGGUUGGCAACGGCAAGUCCUUGAAACACCAUUUAUAUUUAACGAACUAGAUUGUGGAGGGCAGUUUCCUGGAAGAGGGGCAU